AUGAAUGAAGUUAUUUCAAACUCGUUCAAUACUAAUGGUACUGUGACGCCAGCUGACCCAGGAGAAGAAAAUUUAUCAUCAGCUUCAUUUGUUUUUCAACAAGCUGUAAACGAUGAUCAACAAGAAAAAACACCUCAUUAUCAACUAAAAGCACCACUAUGUGUAUCGCAACGAUAUGAAGAGGAAUUUUUUGAUCAUUUUCAUAUGAAUUAUUUUGGUAAACUUGAACGUGAAGGUUUAUUUUUAGCUUCUGUUCGAUCUAUUCAAAUAGAACCAUAUGAAAUACGUCGACAACUAUCAUCUUGUUAUUCAGUAACAAAGGAUGACAAAAAUAAACAUUUAGUUCAAGCCAUUAUUCGGUAA